AUCCUUAACUUCGUGAGAAAAUUACCAACACAACAAAAAAUGUCUUAUUUCACCACCAGUGUGUUUUACAUCGUGGUCCCCAGGACAACACAAAACAAAAUUAUAUAUCACCAGAUACGCAUCUCGCAUCGAAAAUGAUAACUCGAUUACGCCACGCGAGAAAUUUCUGCAUCAAGUCAAGUCUCCACACGACACCCCAAAUCUAUUCGUGCAAAGCUCGCAAGAAAAUUCCACUCACACUGCACUCGUCAAAUGUCGCCAGUACAUUCUACACGUGUGGUCCGACGGUAUACGACACGGCACACAUUGGUCAUGCAAGUUGUUAUGUUCGGCUGGACAUUCUGCAACGGAUUCUAAGAAGUCAUUUCAAUCAGAACAUAGUUACAGCGAUGAACAUCACUGACAUAGAUGAUAAAAUUAUUCGCAGUGCCGAAGAACAGAAAAAGCCAUGGCAGGAAAUAUCCCGCCAUUACGAAGAGGAAUUUUGGGACGACCUCAAACGUUUGAACGUUCGUCUUCCGGAUAUUAAAAUGCGUGUAACAGAAAAUAUACCGGCCAUUAUCGCAUUCAUUUCGAAAUUAUUGAACUCUGGCUAUGCAUACAAAUCGACAGAAAAAUCAGUGUAUUUCGAUAUAUCUCGAUACCCGCAAUAUGGAAAAUUGCAGAAUAUUCCAUCGGAUGAAAUCCGUGUGGAAGGAAGAAAAAGUGCCGCCGAUUUCGCUCUCUGGAAGGCAGCCAAACCAAACGAACCUUACUGGGACUCACCAUUCGGGCAGGGACGCCCAGGGUGGCAUAUUGAGUGUUCGACGAUGGCAUCGCAAAUUUUUGGCAACCGAUUGAAUUUCCACGCUGGUGGAAUGGAUCUACGGUUUCCGCAUCACGAGAACGAGGAGGCGCAAAGCUGCUGCUACCAUCAGGUCCUGGAUUGGGUAGAUUAUUGGAUUCAUACCGGUCAACUUCACCUGGUAGGUCAAGGUAGCAAAAUGUCAAAAUCACUAAAAAAUACCAUCAGCAUUCGAGAAUUACUUGACCAGUAUUCAGCUGAUGAAUUUCGCAUGUUUUGCAUGCUAUCGCAUUACCGGAACGCCGUUGAGUAUGGUGACGAGACGAUGACAGUUUCGGUAAAUGUGUUGAAAAAAUUCCAAUCGUUCUUUGAUGACUGUAAAGCGUAUAUUUCCGGUGUGAAACCGGCCGUCGCUAUUGACGUGAGUUUACUACACACAAAACUGAACGAGGCGGAUCAACAAUUGGACAGUUAUCUUCGCAAUGACUUCAACACGGCGGGUGCCAUUACAUGCCUAGGCGAUUUGGCUUCGGAAGUUAACAAAAUGAUGAAUCACAGUUCCGAAGAAAUAGUAAUAUUUUCGGAGGUUUCAACGGUUCAGGCCAUCGCCAACUACAUCCAAGCCAAAUUAAUCAUGUUUGGAUUUGAAUCCGUUGACGAUGCCAAAAGGGUAGUUCCUUUUAAUGCCGCCGACAAUCGAUCAAUAGAUCAGCUCAUCGAAAGUUUUAUCGAAAUAAGAGGCACCGUGCGAAAUCAAGCAAUACUUUCGAAAGAUCGCAAUUUGUUUGCGAUUUGCGAUCAAAUGCGUGAUCACCUUAGAGAUGUGAACGUGGAAGUUAAAGAUCAUGGGAAAAGUUCCUCCUGGAGGUAUGUGAAGCAAUGAUCGAGGUUUUAGGUUAGCGAUAAAUAUACCGGGAAAAAUACUGCUGCAAUUUAACAAUUUAGGGAAGUUCUCAAAAUUUCCUAACCUUCAAUAUUUUGUGGAUUCGUUGUAA